AUGGAUGGGUUGAGCCAGGUUUCUGUGAAGCAGAGUGCGCAGCAGUCCCACAGUUCACGCUGGGAGCUGAGCUGUGACCUUGGGCCAAUCGGAAAGAAUGUUAAUUUCUACACUGCUGUUCACCAUCUUUGGGAUAUCCCGAAAGGCUUUACAGUCAGUGAUGUAACUGGGCUGCUGCAGCCAAAACUAGCUGUGGAUAUAAAUGAAGUGACUGCCUGCAGGAUGACUGUUGCUGAAUGGCCCAAGACGAUGACUGGGCUCCCCAGCACGUCCGGUACCACCGCGAGUGUUGUCAUUAUCUGUCAGAACAAGAUGUACGUGGCUCACGUGGGAGACUCAGGUGUAGUCCUGGGCACGCACAGUGGCUUGAGCGAGGCCCGGGGGGAUAGGGACACCAUGGUGCAGGCCCUGGAGGUGACCCAGGAUCACAAACCUGAGCUUCCCAAAGAGAAGGAGAGAAUCGAGGGGCUCGGAGGAAGUGUAAUUAACAAGUCUGGAGUGAAUCGUGUGGUGUGGAAAAGGCCACGACUGACCCAUAACGGCCCGGUACGGCGAAGUACGGUGAUUGAUCAGAUCCCUUUCCUGGCAGUGGCCAGAGCACUGGGUGAUCUGUGGAGUUACGAUUUUUACAGCGGUGAGUUUGUAGUCUCACCAGAACCAGACACCAGCGUUCACACGAUUAACUGCCACGACCACAAGUACAUCAUCCUUGGCAGUGAUGGGCUGUGGAAUAUGAUCCCAGCCCAGGAUGCUGUCACCAUCUGUCAUGACAACGAAGAGAGGAAACGAUUGCUGGAGGAGCCGGGACCAACCGGUGCCAAACUCCUGGUCACCCGUGCUCUAGGCCGGUGGAGACAACGGAUGCUGCGAGCUGACAACACCAGUGCUGUGGUGAUAUGCAUUGAUCCACCCUCGCAGGGAUACGACCGACUCUGUGCCGAUGAGUUGUGGCUCAAGUUGACCAACGGCUCAAUCCACCAGGUGGAAGAGUCUGGUCUCGCCCUCCCAUCUCCCUGCACCACAUCACCACUGAAGGCACCAGAUAUUUCUCCACACUGGUUCUGUUCUGGUUUUGUUCCUGUGCUGACAAGGAGGGAUACGCGGUGCAGGAAGAGCUCACCGCCUCCUGCUGUUGUGGCCACGUUGAUGGAGCCGGGAGUUGGGGCUGCAGAGAACAGAGUAGGGGAGGGGCGCAGGGCAACCUGGGCCAGUGCUGGCUUCAAGAGGACACUGGAAGAAUUGAACGGGACAACGCCAGUCGCUGUGUCUAAGAGACUAAAACCUCGCCAUAGGCGCAACAGUGGAGGAGGGACAACAAGUUCUUCAAAGGCAACAGGGAGCCCAGUGCUUUCCUCCAGGCGCAGGAAUCCUGAGAAACCGGCAAUGAGGAGGAGCUUGAGGGGACAGCGAAGACUGAGGAACCCGUUGCUGCAGCAGCACAGAAAGACUAUCUGUGUAUGCUGAUGUGGAGCACAUCAGGGCCCUUAUGGCUUCAAGAGAAGUGCAAAAGCUGGCGGUCUUUAAGGGUCCUUGAUGCCAAUUAAUUAUUUUAAAAUCUGUAAACAGAAAAAAGACCCCAUUGACCCUUGAUUCUCUUGAUGUCUGUACAUUUUUACUUUGUUUUGUCAAAAUAGCAAUAUUCCUGCACCGUUUCAGCAGUUUUACUGUAUAUUUUAUUCCCUGCACUGUACACAGAUCUGCAGGAACAUGGUGUGGUCUUUUAGCUCUCACCAUCCUUUUAGCUCCUCUUGCUCUCUGUCUGAGAUCUCUUUGGAGGUUUUAAGAAAAAUAAUAUUUUGGUUAAUUGAAUGAUGAGGAAAUUCUCCCAGCAUUUUCCAUCUCCUGAUGAUGCUUGACCAGAAAUGACUUCUUCCCCAUGUCCAUUGUUCCCAUGGCUGUGGUUUGCUACCCCACACAAACCAAUGAUGGUUUCUGCUGUUUGGUCACUUCAUUGACUCAUUCCAGUUUGAUUGCUGUUAGCAAGUUUCCAUAUUUUUUUGCUGUGUUAGAUUAACAUCCACCAAUGACUGGUGCCAGUCAAUCUUGACCCCCAUGAAUAAUGUGCUAAGCAGUGUGGUUUCCCUUGAACAUCAGUUGUUUGCAAAGUGGUUAAUCAGUGGUUCUGGACUGAUGAUUGGGAUUGGGGAGUGUACUUGGCUAAUUGAGAUGGGGAUGGGACUGAAUGCAGAGCUCUCAGUUGCAUGCUGUUGCUGCUCACUGCAGCUAACAGACAUCAAGGACUGCAAUUAAUGUGCUCUAGUCAUUUAAAACACCAUAGGAGCUGCUGCAUCUGGCACUGUGUGGCUCAGACAGGGAUCAAGAUGAAAGCCAAGCAGAUUGAACAGUUUGCCGGUGUUUGAAUCCACCGGCCUGUCCUUUCUGGAUAUUUCCUCUAUGGUUUGCUAAUGGCAAUGGUUUCAUUAUGUCACCGAAGUGCACCAGGUGAUUUGGGCUUGAAUGGAGUGACCUGACCUCCCUACAUGCUGAAGCUGAGCUGAAUUAGUAUGAGAGUGAAAGGCUGGGAUGUGAUUUAACAGUUGGACUAAGAACCCUUAGUGAGCUAGAUGUAUUGGUGCCUACCUGUAUUGUAUUUCAGCAGAUCAGCCAGAAAGCCGAGGACUGGGAAUUUAGCCCUUGUUUUCCAUGCUGUACCGUUAUAAGGUCCCAAUAACUCCUAGUUUUUCAAAGUGUACACAAAUAUGUUGUAACUGGUCUUGUUGCCUUUGUGGAUCCUUUUAACUAAUUAAUAUUUUGACUUGGGGUUUCUCCAAUAAAUAAAUGCUUGAGCUGCAAAAAUAGUUUUAGAUUAUUUCCUUUGACAUUUGGAAACCCUCAUCCCCAUAUGCAAAAGGCAGGGUUUAAAUGCCAGAUAUUCCUUUGACCUUUACUGUGUUUUAACCAGUUCAAUAAGAUGCUUACUGUAUUUCAAUGAUCAGAGCUCUUCAAACAGAGGGCACAACUUAAAUCGGUGUUUCCAGGCUCGCAAUGGGUGCUUUUUUUUAAGCUGCAUGGGCAUAGACCGAAAGCUGACAAUGUGUUCCCUCACCGUUGAAGGGCUGUGUUAUGAACCACAUGACUGAUUACCGUAAGACAUCACAUUUUGGAUAAUUAAAAUGUGGACUGGUUUUCAGACUUCCUUGGUUUUGAACUAAGUGAUCACCAUGCAGUGUCUAGUUUUUACUAAAAAUAAAGAUGGCUUGAGAGCAGAGAAGUGCUUAAAAUGCAUAGUUUUGUUUUGGUUUUAGGUGGGUAAGGGAGGAGGGUGGGGGUCUUGGGAAUGUGUGGGAGAUCCCUGUCUGUAAACAUUAUUAGCUCUGCUGUGCUAGAAAGUCUCCACUCUCCCCAGAGGGAAAGGGAAGAGAGUCUGAGCAGCAAACUGUCCACAUCCGACUCUGAUCCACCUGGCUGGCAGAAUGGCCACCUCCGGUUCCCAAUCCAGAGCUUUUAUUUUUACAGUUGUGGGAGAAGAGAGGAAAUAAUAAAUUGUGUUGUGCAUCGCAAACCUUAUCGCUCAGCCUGUUCUCCAUUGUUAUUGAGGGUGCAUUCUCCUUAAUCCCUCGUAUUGAUGGUGCUGCUACAUUUACAUGGGAGUUUACUAAUUUUGUAUUAAUAUAUAUAUAUUAUGUGUAUAUAUAUAAAUGAGAACUGUUUCCAAGUAUUAGCCUACUGUUACUGUUUUGCUAAAUAAAAAAAAUUGCUCUCACUGAAA